AUGGACAUCUGCAAGAACUACAGUCACCUAAUUGCUCUCCUCUUUUUCCUGUGCCAUCCAGAGGCAUCCCGCUUCACCACAAAAACGGGAUUCAUGAAAGUUCCAUCCAUCAGAGUCCUUUUGCUUUUCAGAAUCUGGGAUUUACACCAGAAGGUAUUCUACCUGAGGAAUAACCAACUAUUCGCUGGACACUUGCAAGGAGCAAAUUCUGAAUUGGAAGUGAAGCUAGAUUUCGUGAAAAUUGAGCCUUAUGGUGUGUCCCUGGGGAUCCAUGGGAGGACGCUGUGCCUGUCUUGUGUCAACUAUGGUGAUAAGGUCAGGCUAGAGUUGGAGCCUGUUGACAUCAAUUACCUGAGCAACAAGGAACAGGACAAGCGCUUCAUAUUCAUCUACUCAGAAAUUUACGCCACCAGCACCUUUGAGUCAGUGGCCUGUCCAGGCUGGUAUCUCUGCACGUCGCAGGAGGUCGACCAACCCGUCAGUCUCACCAACACACUUGGUGAAGACAUGAUCACCGACUUCUACUUAGAGCUGGACUUACAGCUCUCAACACUCCCUUCUCCCACUUCAGCCCACUCAUGA